AUGACAGGGCCGAGUCCGGACCGCUUCCAGAGAGCUUUGACGAGUUUCAAGCGCUCGCUGUCCACAAGAUCCCCAGAUCUUCUAAAUCAGUUCUCUUUCAGCACUAUCCAAGACCUCCAAACAGCUUGUCAUGACAUGCAGACUGAAAUGGGCCAAAAUGGUCGUCUUCGCAGAAUGCGGCGUCUCCAGGGAUUCAUCGAGGCAAUGGAGCAACUAGGUCAAUCGAUCGAGGUCUUCGUGAACGCUAAUGACCUGGUCUGCUUCAUUUGGAUCGCAAAGACACAUGUUGAGUCUUUCGACAAACUUCUCGAUGCAUACGAAGAAAUCGGCCUUAGGAUUCCAGGUUUGAUGGCGUACCGGUCCAUGUUUGAAAGGCAUCCCCCGCUGGCCACUGUACUCGAAGACUACUACUCGGAUAUCCUACGCUUUCACGAGGCAGCCCUAAAGGUAUUCAUCAGACCCACAUGGAAGAAGCUCGUCAAAGCAGCUUGGAAGACAUUUGAUACUGAGUUCCAGCCUCUGCUUCAAAGCCUUGCCAACCGCCGUGAUUUACUCGAAAGUGAGAAGGGAUCUGCUUCACUCUACGAGAUCUCCAAGGCUCGAGAAGAGAUGGCAGCCAGGCAUGAGGCAAAAAAGCAAGAACUUCGUCAAGAUGAGAUUGAAAAGCGCAAAUGGCAUCUUCUUCAGAUCAAGAAUCAGCUUGAGGCCGCAGAUUAUCAACAAGAUCAGGAGAUGGCAUCCGAGGCUCGGGAUGAGACCGAUUCCGGCAACUGGGUAUUACAAUCCCCAGCUUUUAAGCACUGGGCCAACAAGACAGCCACUCGACAUAGUGUCCUCUACGUUCACGGGAUACCGGGUGCAGGUAAGGAAUAUGUUGUUAUUCUGAGAGGACAGUGCGCAGUCUUCGAUGCUGACAAUUUCAAAGAUGGACUAGAUGAGGCCGCUUCCGGGGAGGCUGCGAAGUCACUCACCUGGCUGCUCUCACUCGUGAACGGACGGAUCAGGGAGCCCACAACCUCAGUCCGAGUCCUUUGCAGUGGGCAACGUGACGGGUCAUUGGACAGUCUUCUCUCGGACCAACCUGCCAUCGCCUUGGAGUCGAGCUCUGGGCAUAGCACGGACAUACUGAAGUACUGUGAGCAUAUGAGUGCCAAAAUUCGACAACAUCUUGACAUUGCCUCAACAAAGGAGGACGAGAUAAUCUCCAAGGUGUCUAGUCGAGCGAAUGAUACGUUUCCACAGGGAAUCGACCAGGCAUACGAAAGAGUCGCCAUCCGCAUCCUCAAGGAAUCGCCACCCUCCGCGCAUCAAUACGCAUCAAAGAUACUCGGCUGGGUCACGUGCGCUGCGAGGCCUCUACGUUGGCGGGAGAUUCAAUCAAUCUUCUGUAUCGAUUCGGAGUCAAACACCAUGGACUAUGAAGACAAAAGGCUCAGAGUCUCAUGCAAACAGCUUUGCGGAUCGUUGGUCGACGUUCAUCAAGUCCUGUACGGCCAGCCAGGGCCAGAUGACAUUGUCACAAUCGUCCACGGGAGUGCGCGCGAAUAUCUUAUUCAAAAACACUGGAUCAACAGUGUUCUAGAGCAUGCAAAGGCUGCCAUGUUCUGUUUCCGGUACCUCACAUCCAAGCCAUUUCGCGCGAGUACAGAGAGUAUAUCACUGCAUAUCAAGGAGGGCUACUAUGGUUUCCAAGACUAUGCGAUUCAGCACUGCCUCGAUCAUUUCGAGAGUUGCACCGGACUUGAAUCCCACCAAGAUAUACUGGAACAAACCAUGGAGUCCGCCAGAGAAUUUCUUGCAACAUACAGCCUGCCGAUUCCAGAAAACCUGGCUGCACUAUCCCACAAUGACAUAGCCGAUUUUUUCCGCCAGCUGCCCAAGGACAAGAGAGAAAGGGCCAACAGAUUCACUAUUGAGUACCGCACCCUGGAUAUACGGACAGCCAUUGAGCAAAUCCGCGUCCAAGACUUGUCACCCGAAGCCAAGGCGUUGAUCAGCAAUGUGUACGGAAAAGAGGUCAGAUACAAGUGUCCGAAGAUCUGGUGUGACUAUUUCUUGAUGGGAUUUGACAAGAAUGAGGAUCGCCAGACGCAUGUACACAGCCAUGACCGCCCUUUUCGCUGCCCAGAGGGAGGCUGUUUCGCCUUUCAACUAGGGUACUCCAGCAUGAACGAGCUGGAAAAUCACACGAAGACGUAUCACAGCCCGGUGGGAGAUGAACCACGGUUUCCCAAAGCUAUAAGGCCAAGAGACGACACACUCGUGAAGGCUGCUGGCCGGAAUGAUUUCGCUGCAAUGCUAGCGUGUUUGGAAUCUGGUAUCGCAGUCGAAGUCUAUCGAGCAUGUGAGCUCGCGCAGCCGGACACUGUGCGAGUACUCCUCGAAUCGUCGCAUUUCAGGUCCCGUGGCAUAGAAGAAUGGAAGCAGGACGCAGAGCUUUGGAUCUCACAAGCUUGCGGAGAUUCAAUGAAUAAUCCUAAUAACAUCACCAUCGUCAAAUAUCUACUGGAGAAAGGAUUCUCAGACAGCUUUAUCGCGGGAGUUCUGUUCGAUGUCGAGGAACGGGGCGGAGAUUACCUGAAGAGUCUCUUGCAACCGAUGAUUGAUCUCCAUGCUUCUUCAGAUGAGCAGACCAGGGCGCGAGCCAAACUUCUCGCGCAUAAACAGAGAGGGCGCAGCAAUCACGCGUUGCAGGACUAUCAGAUGCAGUUGAAGUUCCUGGACCAACAGAAUAAAACGAGACUGAUGAUGGAAAGGCAAGAGGCGGAUCAAGACUUGUCAUAA